GAGAUUCCAGGCUGAGAAAGCACCCGGCUAGAGGCGCUUAGCGAUCGCAACCGGGGACAAGUGGGCCCGGUGCCGGAGACGCUUAGAGAUCCCGGCGGUGGGCGGAAAGAAAGAACGCUCAGAGACCCCGAGGGGCCCAUCCGGAGGGUGGGCUGGAGAGCCUGGCAGCACCCCUCGGACCGUUACGGAUGGCAGGGAGUGCUACCGGGGGGCAACGGGGGGCACAGUGAAGGUCUCUGGACCAGCCAUGGAGAAUUACCAGAAGGCGAGCUCUGUAGAGAAACCACUGGUCCCCCCAGUGCCAGGUCUGCCUCCAGAUACCUUGGAAAUGCGGGUCCGGGAUGGCAGCAAGAUCCGUAACCUCCUGGGCUUUGCAUUGGGCCGGCUGGAAAGCGAAUCCACCCGGCGAAUAGUGUUCACUGGUGCAGGCCGUGCCACAGGCAAAGCUGUGACCUGUGCAGAGAUCCUGAAGCGCCGCCUGCCUGGCCUGCACCAGCUCACCAAACUGCACUUCCAGCAGACAGAGGAUGCCUGGGUCCCUGUAGUACCCGAGGCUGGUCUGGACCCACUUACUGUACGCCGUCAUGUGCCAGCCGUGUGGCUUCUGCUCAGCAAGGACCCCCUGGACCCCAAUGAGGGUGGCUACCAGCCCCCAGGUGCUCCUCCUGGUCUUGGACAACCUUUAGCCCGAACCCCCCCACAUACCCCUCAGCUCAAGAGGCGGGGCCCCCGAGUCUCAGGGCAUUGGCAGGGAGGUGGAGGUGGAGGUGGGGCCCAAGGAGAGACCCCCAGGAGGCCCUGACUUCCUGAGUGGAAAGGGGUCCAGAGCAGAUUCUGAGGUGUUCCCAUGCUGCAUUUUUUUGGUCCAGUGUCUCCAGUCUCUGUUACAUUGCUAUUCCCUCUCAAAUAACUGGUGGAAAUGAACACGUGACUCGGGAACCAGCCAGAUGGCUACUCUGAGGCUCUCUGUGUUUGGUCCAAGAGAUUCUCAGCCUUUUCUUCCUCUCCCCAUCUCCCUCUCUUUCCCCCAAGAGUGACACCAGUUUUAUCAACCUCUUGCCACUAUUAGAUGAUUCCUUGAACUGGAAAUAUAAGGUUAUUUUCUCCAGGAAAGGAAGUGAGGAGUUAAGAAUAAAAGUUCCAUUUACACCAUU